UUCUCAGCACAAGUCAAACAGUUAGUUUGGUCUCCUCCUGGCUUCGCAGAAGACCAAACUCAGGAAGUGCGUGAGGGGCAUGGCGAGGCACAGCUCUUGCAGGCUUCAGUGAUGUCGGGUCUGCUGGGAAAUGCCUGCUUUCUCCUGCCGGGAGCUCACACAAUUUGAGCAAGGUGAAAGUGGGAACCGAUAAAUGAUGUGAAAGACUCUUGAUGCUAGAGAAGUGAUAAUGACGCUGAUGGCCUGUAGGAGGCGCCUGCUCACCAGCUUUAUAUCCCCUCUCGGAUCCCUUCUUAUGCACAGAGCAGUAGGGUAUCUCUCCAGUAUUGCUCAGACCCAGCAGCUUGCUGUUACCUCACUUCUAAGUGGCACGGUCAGGAAUGGUCACCCUAGGACAGAGCUGCCUGGCACGGAUUAUCUAGCAAAGGAAAGUAAUUGUGGCAUCGCUUUCUGGAUACUUUACACCUGGGUUCAUGGAGCAGAGGCUAUUGAUUCUAUUGGGACUACUGGUCACUUCUAACACAGGGUUUGUUCUGGCUCUUCUGCCCCAGAUCCCGGGGGGUAAGGGCAGCCUUCAAGUUAAGGAAGGAGAAAGAAAAGCCAGCAGGGGAGAGAAGGAGUCGGCAACUAUCUCUCUCCAGUCAGGAGUGACCCUUCCCCUUGGGUCAACUUCACCUGGACCUCAAGGAACCCCAAUUCCUGGAUAUGAGCAGAUGAGACCCAGCUUUCACCUGGAGCCAGAUUCUGGGGGAGCCCACAGGAGGGAGCGACGCUGUACAUGUUACACAUACAGAGACAAGGAGUGUGUCUAUUACUGUCAUCUAGAUAUCAUAUGGAUCAAUACUCCUGAGAGAACAGUGCCCUAUGGACUCUCCAGUUACAGGGGAAGCGGGCGAGAAAAACGAGAUACAGAUAGAAGGCGGACAACCUCCUUGUCACAGCCCCGGUGUUCAUGUACGGACCCAAGUGACCGUCGAUGUGUCCUCUUCUGCCAAGGGAAAACGGACAGACCUACAGAAGAAAGAACGCGCAGAGAUAUCAGGUUAAAACAGACAAGAAUGAAUGCAGCAGCAUGAGCGCCAGACAGUGUGGUCAGGCCAGCAGCACACAGGUUUCGUGAUGCCAUUCAGUGUCCAAGAUACCUGUGAAGACUCGUCACUGUAGGUAGGCCGCCCAUUAUGAACCCUUCAGGCACAAGAGACAUUACGCAUUUUGUGUUCUAAAUAUGUCUUUACCUCACAUCCAGUAUUUGCUUAAAGGAGUGAAAAAAGACAGGCACGUUCUCUACUGAGGAGAGAUACAUCAAUUGAAAAGCCUAAACGGCCACCCAUCUCCUGUAGAGGGAGCUGCAAAAUGUUGCCUUCCAAUGCAAUUUUCGGUAGAACUCAAACCCUCUUUACAAUAGGAGCUCAAUACUACUACUAUGCAUAUAUAUGUAUAUCCAACGAGAGUCUUGUAAAGAGCUAUCAUAAGGCAGAAAGUCUGUAUUAAGUCUACUACCUAGCUUUUAUACAGAUAAUUAAGCAUAGGAAAGCUUUGCUCUAUCAUCAACCUUCAACCAUCAUGUACUAUCUCCACCUUUACACAUCUACAUUCAUGGCUGGUGAAAAUUGUGGACCAUGAAAGGGCCACGCGCAACCAGAAAUCUUGUUUUUGAUAUUUAUCUGGAAACACAAGCGCAUAUAGUAGAUAAAACGUGCUGGGGCACCAGGGAAUGGUGUUCUCCAUAAAGUCAAUUCCCAACAAUAUGGACCUUAUUUACCCAGUGGUGUUCAAGGAAAAAUGCCUGGUCAAGAGUUGGAACCCUCAUGUUUACUACAGGUUGAAAUUGUGAGUUGUACAAUUAAGGUUCAGACAUUGGUUGUUUGCCAUUUGCAGAGCCAUAAAGUGAUGAAUUUAUCAUUUAUGUGACUUUUUUUAUUAUUAUAAAUGCAGUUAUACUUUCAAAGAUUCCACCUGGAUUUCUACUAAAUUCAAUUUUUUGCAAAGCCUUGGUCAUCCAUGUUCCUAUAGCCGUACAUUAUUCAGAGCACAUGAUAGUGUACAACAGAUGCUCACAUGUGUCAAAAGUUGGAUUAAAGGUGAUAGAGAUACUGAGGUCCUCUCAAACUUAUAAAGAGCCUUACAACAGAAGUUCCUCUACACUGAAGUUCAUAGGAGAAAAAACUGUGAAGAGGAAUCGGUAAUAUUUGUCCAUCUCUUCUCCAAAAUCAGUGAGUACAAACUGCAGAAUCUCAAGAUUCUUCCAGGUUCCAAUCAAUAGACCUCACAAUGGGAUGGGCUAGAUUUGAGAAAUCAUAAAAACAUUUUUUAGGAAACCCCUAUUAAAGGUUUUCUAUGUUGAACAAUGCCUAGUUGUUAGAAAGUAAACCCAGAAUGACCCAAAUGAUUAGUUGUAAUCUCUGGGAAAGCCUAGCACUUCGUGUUUAAAGGGGUUGACCAAACCUUUUUAUUUUAUUUUCAUCAAGCCCUCAACAAAGUAUUAACAAAAGUCAUACUCCUCUAACCUGGUCCCCCCACAGCUCCUGUGUUAUAUCACCUGGUCCCCAGCUUGUCACUUUGUCAUCCUUCUUUUCAGCUUCCAACACGCUUAUCUUCCUCAACAGAAACUGCCAGCUCAGCCAAUCACUUACUAAGGUGGGACACUGCUGCGGCCAGUGAUUCUCCUUCUAGAUCUAUAGUUACCAGCUGCACAAAUAAUCAAUCUCCUUAAUAAUUACUUUAACUGAUGGAAAGUUGUUCAAUUGAACGUACUAAAAACAUGCCCCCAGUAAAUACAAUACACAGAUAUCACAGUACAUUAACUCAAAAGUAAGAAAAAAUAUAUUUGAAAAUUUUCUUUAGACAUACGCAUAGGCAAUUAAUUUAAAGGGUUUUUAUGGGCAUUAUACAUUGAUGGCCUAUGCUACCUCUCAAGGGAAUGGGAGCGGAUCUGCAGUAACCUGGUGCCACAUACACAAUGACUGGCUUUCAGACCUAUUCAUUGUGUAGGUGCUGGAGCUACGGUUCACUUAAACAGCCGAUUGGCAGCAGCACCCGAUGUUGGCAUCCUGCCUAUCAAACAUUGAUUUGCUGAGCAUGGGCCAUUAAUGUAUAAUGUCCAGGAACCCCUUUAAAGGGGACAAUCCCUACAUUUCAGAAGGCCCCCUUUUGGAAAUCCCAGUCAUUAGCUGUAAUCUACAGGUAAACCUGGCAAUAAAUGUUCAGUCUCCCUGUAGGGUGACCACAAAGGAAACUUUGCAUUGUCCAUUCAAACCAGUGAGUUCUCUGUGUAUAUGCAGGACAGGACAGGUCCUCCAGAGAAAGGCAGAUGCCCUGAUAAGACAAAAAUAUGUUUGCUUUGCCUACAACAACCAAUCACAGCUCAGAUUUAAUUUCUCAAAUUGCUUUGGUAAUAUGGCUGCUGAGAUGUGAUUGGUUGCUAUGGGCAAAGUAGAAACAUAUUUGUCUCAUGCAGCCUGAGAAAUCUGGGCUGUUAUUUGUAGCCGGUCUCUACUGCAGCUAAGCUGGGUUCUCAGCAGUAUCUCGUUCUAUAUAUUAAAGGGGUACUCCGGUGGAAAACUUUUUUUUUAUUUUUAAUGAACUGGUGCCAGAAAGUUAAACAGAUUUGUAAAUGACUAUUAAAAAAUCUUACUCCUUUUAGUACUUAUUAUCAGCUGUAUGCUACAGAGGAAAUUCUUUUACUUUUUGAAUAUCUUUUUGUGUUGUCUGCAGUGCUCUCUGCUGACACCUCUGUCCAUGUCAGGAACUGUCCAGAGUAGCAAAGGCUUGCUAUGGGGAUUUUCUCCAGCUCUGGACAGUUCCUGAUACGGGCAUCAGGUGUCAGCAGAGAGCACUGUGGACAACACAAAAAAG